AUGAAUGUAGUGGAGGCGGAGAUAGAGCAAGUGGCUGUGCCAAGAGCACACCAAGAUGUUGAAGGGGGGAAUCACCCAAAUGAAGAACCGCCACCCCAAAACGAGGAUGCUCCUGUUGCCGAAGAUGAUGGGAACGAAGAAAACCAGCAGCAACCUCCACCACAGCCUCCUCGGGUUGAUUCGUCCAUGGAACUCACCGACCAAGAACGCCAAUGGGCUCGUGCCAUCAAGACAGCCAUCGAGAGCUGCCCUGAUCUGGACAAACUCUCUGAUUUUGAGUACUGCCAGUUGGCAAUUAUCGAUCAAGCUGAUGUGGGAGCUGCUGUUGACAGAGCCAUAUGCUUAAAGGGAUUUCGGCAGGAAUAUAAUAUUCAAAACACACUGGAAGAUGCACUAGUGGCUUUGCGCAGCGUUGUAUCUUUGAUGCCCCAAUUAUUCCUUUCUUUCACCUACAACCACUGCAAUGGUGGAUAUGCCAUGAUUGCAGAUAUGAGAGGCUUUGAUCUGCAGGUACUCAAAACAGAGAAAGGUUGGAAAUGUUUUGUUGCAGGCCUCUACUAUAUCUUGCAUGCCAUGGGCCCAGACUUUCACAGUAUUCGAACUGGGAUCACACAUGUGUACGAGUGUGAUAGAUUCAGUUUGGCCUCCAACAUGGACUUCAAGAUUUCGAAGAAAAUCUGCACAGAAGUGUACUGUUUGUACCCUUUUACAAUGGAGCAAGUGAACUGCUUCCACUCUGGCCUCUGCUUCAACAUGCUGAUCUCCUCAUGCCGUGCUGUGUUGCCCAAGUCAGUUGGUUCCAACAUCCAUAUUGGUUGCAUCUUCCCGGAUGGUCGCUUGAGUCAAUUUUACAAUACACCUGAUCCACAAACUGCGAUGGAAAAAACAAUUCUACAAAUGCAAGAGAGUGUUCGGCGGCGAUACGCAAUGCAAGCUGUGUUUCAAGCGGAUUGCACUAAUGAUAUCUAA